AUGAAUGACACAAGACACCAGUCGCUGUUCUUCGUCAGUCUGCCUGAGUUACAAAAACUCUGUGCCAUUAAAGUUACACUGAGUUCUAAAUUGGCAGAAAAUGAGAUUAGGAAUACACAGAUGAAGAUUUGCAGGCAAUUGUUAUUUCUUCAUCAAGACAUCCUUUCCUCACCUGUCCCUGGAACACUGAAUCAAAUUUCAGUUGUAAUGGCGAUAUCUUUUUACAAAACAGGAAAAUGUCAGGCUUUUUUAGAGAAACAUGGAGCAACAAUUGAGGCUCCAGAGAGAGUUGGCCCAGCCAUCCUUCAACCAUGUCUCUGUUACACACUUAUAACCAGACUUGCCCCCAGCUGGAAUAAGGCUGGUCAUCUGUUGGUACAAGGAAGCAAUUUUUUGUCUCAAAUGGGAAGGCAAAAUGCUGUUGUCAUGGACCUCAAUGUAUCAGAGACCCAACUUUGCAUCAGUGUAGAGGCUUGCACAAUUCGACUACCGCCACCCAAGCUGGAAGACUUUGACAUUUCAGCAAACAUCUUAGAAAUAUUUGACAACAAUAAAAAUACAGUCAUUCAGAGACACUCCAUUUUAAGUAACUGGUGCUAUGUCUUGCCAAGCAUGAAAAUGGGUCAGAUCAUAAGUAUUAGCCAUAUAAUUCCACCAGAGUCUCCUUUUCAUUCAUACAAAGACUUUCAGGUGCACUGGAAGAAUCUGUAUGGGUAUAUCCUUCCAGAGGAUCAUGGCGAGACAAAAAUAUAUUGCAGUGUUUACUUCAAACUGAUAGGGGAACGACUCUUUACAUAUCCUUUAUAUAUAUUUUCUUUUGUUUGCAUAAGAAGCCAACCAGUCCAAUAUUUUACUAGAAUAGAUUUAGAAGGUGUGUUAAACUCUUUUGUUUCUGACCUGAAGUCUAAACUUCCUCAUCUAUGUGGAUUUCCAGUAAAAAUGACAAGUAAAGCAUUGUAUGCCACAAAGGAACUCAUCAAACAUCCUAUGCACGGAGUAAAUGCCAACCCUGCAAAUCUGACUGGCAAACCGAUAUGCAAGGUAUCUCUGACUCAAGCACCUCCAAGGAGAGAGACUUUGCAGCAGAGGUCUUCACAAGGCAAUUCAAGAAUUAGCCACAGGAUGGAGCUUUUGAUCAGUCAGCCAAAACAAUGUAUUUUCUCAAAUCUCAUUCCAUGUCCAGAGGAUGCUGUUGCUGAGGCCAUGAAGAAAACAGUGCAUAGUAGACAGCAGCAGCAGACUCCAGGAACAUCAGGGGUACCAGUUCACUCAACUGAAUCCUUAAGAAUGUCUAAGAAUUCAUCUGUGGAUUCUCAAAGGAACAAUGCCACUAGAAUUAUACCUAUUUUCAAAGGAAAGUUGUUGCAAAUGGAUGUAAAGGCCACAAGAGCCAAUGAAGGAAAGAAAAAAGUGAGUGUUUUACAGCAUUCUCCAAAAGUAGUUAGAGAUGUCACCAUGUCUAAAUUAACUGUAUGCAACCCCAGUGUAAAUCAGGUAUACAAACCUGUCCAAAUUGUGUCAUUCAAAAAUCCUACUAAUGGCACUGUUGCUCAGAGAAUGACUGGGAAAGCAAAUGUAAAAAGUGGUAGACCUAUAUGUGACCAGGAAAAAGAAACUGGUAAGCAGCUGACAAAUUCUGCAUUUUCUAGUAGCCCAUCUUCAGGUAGGAAUUCAAGUAGAAUCAAACCUGAGAAGCUAAAUUCUUCUUCAUUAUCUGCUAGUGACAAAUCAAUGCUUCAGAUAUCAAAUGCCAAUCUAGGUUUGAAAAAUCCUGCACUACUCAGUUCUACUACAAAAAAGGGGGGAAAGUUAUCAAAUCAAAACAACACAAAAAUACUUGAGGGAAGUCACAGUUCAAAGAAGGUACAUACACAGAUUUCUGAGUCAGACAAAGAAAUUGCGAAAACCAGCAUAUCACAGCAUCAAACAAAGAGCCCAACUGAAGGAGCAGGGUUAAAUAUUCUCAGAUUGGUUUUAAAGAGUACAGUGCACAGAGCCAAAAGAGAAGAACAUGAAAAAUCAUUAAUGCCAUCAAAGGAGUAUAUCACCAAGACAACCAAUCACCAUUCACAAGUCAACUAUGAGCAGAUGUUGGCAGUGAAUGAUCCCUUGCAUUGUGAAGCAGUGACCUCAAAACAGAUUUACUCAAAGAUGGAGACCCAUUUGAAAACAACUUCAAAGAAAAGUUGUGGCAAAAGAAGCAGGAAGAAGGUGGAGGUUAUUCAAAGUCAAAGAAAUCCAAAACAAGUAAGCCUGUUAUCUAGAAUGUGAAUGUAGAGGAUCGUAGAAAGAAA